AUGGCUAUCUUGGUCUCCAAACUAGACACAGCUUCCACUUCCUCUGAAGACUCUUCCUCUCCAAAAAAACAAUCACUCAACUCUCAGAAAAAACGAAAUAAGCAAAAACCCAACUCACAACCAAACCCCUCCGACAAAAUGCACUUAAGACUCCACCACUUCGUCCUCCUCCUCGCAGCCCUUCUCUGCCUCGUCGACCACGCCGACGCAAACCGCUCCUACUACACCUGGUACCGCAGAAGGUGCUGCAACCAACCGGAGCGGAAACUGUGCAGAGAAGCCCUCGUCCGCUGGAGGUAUUGCAACGACGCUGCCCGCAGGGGCGGCCUUCCGCCGGGCCCGUGCAUCUGGACCCAGCAGUGGUGGGAAAGGGCUCACCAUGCCUGCAGGCCCGGUAUCGAGGGCCCUACGGACUGGGUUGAUCCCGAUAAGCCUGUUCUCCCCCAGGUCGAAUAUUAG